UUAGUCCACAAUUCAACUUUUACAGUUAAAUUCCAAACUUUUACGACCUUUUGUAACUUUAGUUUCAAUCAAAUUUGUACUCAAAAGGGAAAAUAAUAAAAAAGGGAACAAGUUCGAAUGCAAUUCAUCCAAAAGUUAAUAAACCACGAUAAUCCAACUAUGAACAUUAUGAGCAUGCUGAUAUGUCACGCGUAAAUUUGUUUGUACAACAGAAGCAAGUAUAGCAUACUGAACAGAAGCAUUAAUGUGUAUAUAUAAAGAGAUGAUUAGAAAUGACCCCUGAAGCAUUUCCCAAAAAGUCCAUGAACAUUAUGGGCUCAAAUUGAACUAGUUUUGCGGUCCAACCCGGCCCGGUCCGCCCAAUGCGACCCAACAUGGUCUAUUAAGAAACCUACGCAUUAGCAUUUUUAUUAAAGCAUACCAAUGAUCCAUUUUGCACUAAAUACCAGCAAUAAGAGACCAAAUUCACUUCGGAAUAAUUCAAGAACACCUUGCUUGCUCCGAACUCUCUUUUAUCCUUCACACAUCAAACAUACACAACUUAGUCAUAUAAUUAACCCCCUCUCUUCUCUUUCUUAUAGCUUUGCACUCACCUCUUUGAGUUCUUUUAAUUCGCUCCGUUUCACAUCACAUGUUCUUCUACUCUUCUAGCACUAACCAACAUGGAAGAGAGCUCUCCAAUGUUUGUUCACUCCAUCUCCGAGACGGGCCGGUUACUACCUUCGGCAAGCCGUUGGAACUCCAUAGAAAUCGACUUCGAUCUUUUCCCGACGUCUUCGCGGACGAACGAUCCCGUCCCCUCAAAGUACUCAAAGUCUUAUACAUUUAAACUCGGCAUAACCGACAUGUCGCAGCUCAAGUGCUUCAUCUACGUGUCGAUUGCUUUAGUUCUCAUCGUCGUCGCUUUAGUUCUCUUGAUGGUUCUCUUGCCGCGCAAACGCGGCCACCAUGGCUCUUCUAGCAAUCUACCAGUUGCUCUAGAGUAUAGCCUUCUAUUCUUUGAUGCCCAAAAAUCUGGGGUUCUUCCGACAAACAAUCCGGUGAAGUUCCGUCGCAAUUCAGGGUUAAAGGAUGGCCCGGAUGCUAGUCUUGUCGGAGGCUUCUAUGACUCAGGCAACAACAUCAAGUUCAGCUUCCCCACAGCUUACACAAUCACUUUACUGAGUUGGUCAGUGAUUGAGUACCAUAAAAAGUAUUCAUCUAUUGAUCAGCUUGAGCAUGUUCAGGACAUCAUCAGAUGGGGAUCUGAUUAUUUACUUAAACUCUACAUCCCAUCCAACACAACAUCAAAACCUGCACUGCUAUAUUCUCAGGUUGGGAGUACAAAUACAGAUAAAAAUUUGCAAGAUGACAUGACAUGCUGGCAAAGGCCCGAGGAUAUGACCUACGAUAGACGCGUGUCGAUAUGCGGAGGUUCUGCAGCUGAUCUUGCAGGGGAAGUUGCAGCAGCAUUAGCUGCAGCUUCUCUUGCAUUGGCAGAUCAAAAUGAAACAUACUCCCAGAAGCUGGUUGAAGCCUCAGAAAGCGUAUUUAAGUUGGUUAGGAAAAGCCAGAAUAAAGAGACAUAUACUGCAGAUGAUGCCUGUGGAGGAGAAGCAAGAGGUUUCUACACCUCUUCAAGCUAUAAGGAUGAGUUGGUUUGGGCAGGGACAUGGCUAUUCUUCGCCACGGGGAAUUAUGCGUAUCUUCGAUACACUACCGAUAAUUUCGAGCUCGCGGUGAAGGAAGAGAUGGAUUCAAACAGUGGGAUUUUCUACUGGGACAACAAGAUUCCAGCAAACGCAGUUUUGCUAACAAGGCUAAGGUAUCUCCAUGAUCCUGGAUAUCCAUAUGAAGCCGCACUAACAGUGUGCUCAGAUAUGGUUAACAUUCUGAUGUGUUCCUACCUCUCUUAUUCUGGGAGUUUUAACAUGACACCAGGUACAAAAUCUAAAAUCCACCAUGAAGUAUGCUUAAAUAUUAGCUGCUAGCAACUUGUGCAGCUGUUGAAUCAAGAUUUUUAGCGAAGAACUAGUAUUU